UCCCGGCGGUGCCUCCCCCAUGGCGGCGGUGGCGGGGGCAGGCGGGGGGGGUUCGGCAGCGCUGGGCGACGGCGGCGGCAUCGACUACUCGGUGCAUGAGGCGUGGAACGAGGCCACCAACGUCUACCUGCUGGUGGUGCUGGCCAGCCUGGCGCUCCUGGUCUACGCGCGGCGGAACAAGAGGAGGAUUAUGCGCAUCUUCACCCUCCCCCCAGCCGCCGAGACCCCUCCCGAACCCAACUUCUACGACAGCAUGAAGAAGAUCCGCCUGAGGCAGCAGCUGGAGAUGUACUCCAUCGCAAGGAAGUAUGAACAGCAGCAGCCACCAAAACAGACUGAAAGUGUACAGCUCUCAGUGGAAUGAAGCCCUCAACUGUAGGACCUCGGGAUGUAUUUCCAGUGCUGAUCAUAAAAGUCAGUGUGGAGCCAUUUGCAAUGCCUUUUAAUUGAUGCAUUGCUGAAGGCAAGGGGAAAAGGAAGGAGGCUCUCCUUAAAUCUUUGCUCUCAGUAGCAUUUCUUUGAGCUCUGUGAAGUAAACUGAGUGCCUACUGAAACGUUCAACAUGAAAGUACCCAGCAGAGGACAGACCUGCUCAGAGGAACCUGUGAGGUUAGAGAAGGGCAAUUUUACUAAUUUCUCUCUUUGUCUAAACCUUGGAGAUCAGCUUCUACCUUCUCUGCUAAGGGCACACGAGAGAAGGCAAAGCAGAACCCAUCUGCCUGGAAACAGUUUUGUUCCUUGAUGACAAGUUGUUGAAUUUGCUGAAUGUGUUCAGUAAAUGUGGAUGAAGUUACUGUAGCCUUACUGCCCAGUAAAGGUGAGCAGCUUUGGGAAUCUGGAGUGUUGCUGACCAUAGUGCAGAAAAGUUUUGCUCUCCGUGUUUAUGAGGGCUGUGUAUGCCACACUGUAAACCUUUCCAGGAGAAACUGAGAAGUAAAGAGUAAUUUGCACGUCCAGAAGACACUUAAAGGCAACACUAAUGUUAGAAGCAAAGGUUAGCUUAAUUUAGUCAAGCUGCUUUAAAGAAUGGGAUUGUGUAUAAAAAAUGUGUAAAAGAAAGAUCAUUGAUUCUUCAGAAGAAACAUCACCCCCAACGUUAAUUUUUUCUUUUCAGGUAAAUCACAAACUAUGUUAAUUUAAAGAAUACUGCAGAAGUAAUUUCUCAAUAAAAACACUUGAUAGUG